GGGAGCCGGGCAGGAAACUUUACAGUUUGGGCCAAAAACCAACCAAAUAAUGUUGGAGAUGAAGACUGUGCGCAUACACUUGGCAUUGGACACAACUACAAGUGGAAUGACGUGAAGUGCAGUGACUGUUAUCAGUAUACCUGCAAAAAAGGUCAAUGUAAAUUAUAUAAACAACCAAGAAGUCUUUUUUAUAAGUAGGUUAUAUCAUCCGGGUGAGUUGAGUCCCGUUUAAGACUGUUGGCGGUGAGAGUGGUAGCUGUUUCAACAACCUCGUGCAUGCUGAAGAACUUUAUAAACAUCACCCGCCAACAAGCCAGUCUUUUGCUUAUUCGUUGUAGUCUGUCCCAGCGCGCAGCGCAAAGUAAAGAGAGGAGUGAAGAAAACAGACUUCCUUCUUCGUUUUUCUUCGAUUUCUUCACUUCGCUCUGCUUUCCACUAACUAAACACCUGAAACAGGCUAGCCUGUUCACAAGACCCUCUAUUUUCUGCACUUCACGCUCGCUCUCGCUUUCACCAAAUCUGAGUAGGAAAACGUCUCCAAACAGGCUAGGAACCCGGUUAUAGACCCUUGAUACAUCAAAGUCCGUCUAUUAUACAACUAUCCUCCAAAGGGGAGGUGAAUAGUGGUGACUAUAAUACCGAGACGCGAAGCGUCGGGGUAUAUAUCGAGCGCUAUGAACCGACCCUGAGGGGUUAGUUGUUUUAGUAUUAACAUACAAAAUCAGUUGGAUAAAAAUUGAAAAGGAGCUUUUUUGUAAAUAAAAGAUGUCGCUUAGUUAGAGUUUGUUUACGUUUCAAUUGACAGUGUUUCAAGGAUCAUUUGUUAUGAUUUUGUUCCAAAUUCAGUAAGAAAAUUCUUUUCUACUGACCGGUAAACACCGACAAACCAAAUUUUUUCUCUUUCUUGGUAUUUGUUGGUGCAGCUGCUUCAUUUACCGCUAGAAUUUCAUCUUUCGAAACUCUUGCGAAACGAGAAGCAGAAUCCUGUCCCAAAACAGUGAAUAUCCAAGGAUAAUCCGAGUUACGAAAGACAAUCAGAACGCUCGAAAAUUGCUAUCCACUGAAUUGGUGAAUACUAAUAAAAACUAAGCUGUACUCUUUUUUUGAACUACGUCUCCCUGUCUCGGUAUCAGAUAACACAUCCACCGCUCUUAUUCUUUCCCUGUCUUUCUCCAUGAUUUUAGUUCUCUUGAAGCGUUUGCCAUGAUUACCUUGGUAAUAAGAAUCAAAUAUUGCUUUACACCUUAUUUUUUUUUCUUGAAUUUUUUUUUGUUUUCUUGUUUGUGCUUUAACAGACCUGAAUGAGUGCAGUGGCAGCAAGAUCUGUCAUCCAAAGGCUUAUUGUACAAAUCUGUGGGGUUCGUUUAAGUGCACCUGUAACCAUGGCUACGCGGGAAAUGGAUUUAACUGUAUAAACGGACGAGGUACAUAAGAGACAUUUUAACAACAUAAGAGACUUACAUUUUGAAUGAAAACUAAUAGGAGUUAAACUUUUCUGAAAAAUGUUUCUAACCUGUCCAAACUAUAUGUCUUCCAUACGGCAGGGUUUUCAGGCACGUACUCUUCUAUAGAGUAAACUGAAGACUGUUUUCCAGUCUUGCUAGAUCGCUUACGUAUAUCAAUUUGACAGAUUUUCAAUCGCUGCCGAUCUGUCAAAUCUGUGUUUGUCGUUAACAUAUACAAAUAUUUUCUAUUUUUAUAUUUUUUAUAUACAAAUCAAGGGAUUGCGUCCAAGGAGGUCUACGACUCGAGGGAAUUAAUGGUAUCAAUGCUUCCCGCGUUGCGCCGACAGUAACUGAGACAAUUAUUUUGAUUGAAUAAAUUUCUUAAUGUUAACUGUUUUUACGACUAACGGCUAAAAUUUACACCAAAAGACCAAAAUCUUUGGCUGUUUUAAGGCUAACUUUUAACUCCUGUUAAGGAGAACCUCUUAGCAGCGACUACCGGGAGUCCGAGAAUGGGCGAAGCGUGAUUACGCUCUUUCACGCCCCGUAAAACGAUAAAAGUUUUCGUCCAACAUCGUAUUUGUCUUGCGCAAAAUGUGUUGGGUUAUUCUGACACCAUAUCAGAUUCAUUCUUGCACCAUAGUUAUUGCAAUCGACCUUCUUUUCAGGAUUACAAGACUCUGCUAUUGUGGGAAGCAACAUAAACCACUUGACCUUGUUAUUUAACUGGCUUAAACCUGUGGCAAAAAGCGUCAAUCCUUUCUGGAAACACUGUUGGCGUGCAUCCGUGGACGGCUGGGCCGCAAGAACAUUUCACUCCCGAUGUGACGGCAUGGGCCCGACAGUAACAAUAAUAAGGGUGGGGAGAUAUAUUUUUGGAGGAUACACCAGUGAAUCUUGGGGUAAGUGAGCAUUGUAAACAGAGAUAUUACGAUAACACUUUUUCCGCUACUAGCACUAAGAAGUUACAUAUGUAAAUGUACAGGUGAGCAAUAUGGUGGACAGUGUGGAGUCUGUUGACCCUGCAAUGAAGGCGUUGUUUUAGCCAGCAAAAC